AUGGGCAAUCAGUUGAUUACAUGCAUGGUCAACCCCCUAAGCACCCAUAUGGAUGAGUGGAAAAAAACGCUCUCUCAAAUCGAAAAGGAUCACAAUCGCGAAGCUAAGCGUGCUCGGGGAGAUUUAAAACGUGCGCUAUCGGAGGCGAACCGUCUCAAGCGAAAACUUUCCAAACAGGGCAGCAGCAACAGCAGUUCACUUCACAGUCGUCAAAAUAGUGGUGGCAGUACCAUUGGUCGUGGCGUGGGACUUGGCGAGCCUCCUACAUCCAAUCGAUCAAUACCACCCUCUGUGCCCAGUGGCAUUGGCACUAGCUCACUCAAGGUUCGCACGGACUCCGCCAUUAAGAACUUGGAGGAAAAGGUUCGCCUAAUGGAGGAUUUAGAGCGUGCUUCAAUCAAACGCCUGAUGCUUGAAGAACGUGGACGCUAUUGCUUUUUCUUUAAUUGCCUGCGACCCGUGCUGGAGACUGAAACUAGCUUGCUCGGCGAAAUUACCACUUUACGCGAACUCUUCACCGCAUUAUCAACUGCCACUCAGAAUCCGAGUCAGCUGCUAGACGACGCUGAAUCGGUUCUGGCGCACACCGGAGGUCGUGUCGACGGCCACUCAAUCUCCCCGAACGGUCCACUGCGUUCGUCCGCCGUCAACGAGGUGGAGGCUUUCGCGUCAGCAGUGGACGCCAUAAUGUCCAGCAAACAGCGUCAGAAACGCGAAGAGGCCACACUGAGCCUGGCCUCUGAGAGCUUCUGUUCGACCUCGUCUGGUUGCAGUGAUGGCAAAAACAACGUCAGUGGACCUAGUGGAAGCAGCAGCAGCCCUCACUCCAGCCAAAUGUCCGUACACAGCGCCGGGAGUAGCGUUUUCGCACUGAAUGGACUAAACGGGAUUCCUGCGCCCCAGCAUCAAAUGGCCCAGAUUCUUAGGCAACCCCGCACUCAGUAUGGGAGUCGAAGUAUCCCUCCUCCUCCUCCUCCUCCUCCCCCCGAUUCGCCCACUUGUGUUAAAAGACCAGUAAAGCUUUUCUUCAUUCUGCCUGAAAUCGUCUCCAUUGUUCGUGCAGACACGUCGAAGCACGCAAACUCCGCCCACCCCCUCUCCACUCCCCCGUGGACGUCUGUGUCGUGUAAUUAUGCGCGACGUUGUGUGCGCACGGGCCAUGUAUUGAAGCAUCGUACUGACGUCGUGCCCCGUUCCGCCUCUGUCGGCCGACCUGCUGUCGUGGGUGCUAACCAACGCAUCGUCAGUUCGUACGGUGCCGACGACGUGGUUCUUCGUCGUCCAGCCAACCUCGGGGCCACCGCAGUAUCCCCCCGUCAACGCCCCCUGACUGCGACCGCACCAGUCGCGGAACCCGCUAGCCUCCAGCUCUCCGCAUCGUCCACUCUCGGCGACCCGAGUCCUAACCAGAGAACUUCCACGUGCACUCUGCAACUGGACGAUGCGACACCACGCGCCAACACCAGGCUCCAAACUGACGACGAGGCUGGCGACGAAACGGCGUCGGGCACUGCGGAAGACGAGGUCUCAGACGAUGGCCUCCUCUCCGAAGACCGCCGGCCUUCCACAUAUUCGACUGGCGAGGCGUGGCGACCUCCAAACGCCAUUUCAAGUGAACAUCGAUCUUUGUCUCGAGGAGGUGACCUCAACAAAAUGCUCUACCCAGAUCAGUCCCUCCCGCCACCUGUUUAUACUAAUUUAAACAAACUGACGCAUGCCGCGCAGCGCAAAUUUUCCAUGUCCACCGCCACAUCUCCCAACGCCGAUGGCGUGGCCUGGCAGGCGGACCUUGAGAGUGACAACAUAUCGAUCGCGUCGGCACCCCACACUCAACCAGAUCGCGCGCACACCAAUGGGAUCUACUCGGUGCCUGAGUCACCCAAUCGGCCCUCGUAUUCCACGUCCUCGUCCAUCUCUCGGCCACGCGGAAGUUCUGUCGGCAUGGAGGACCCAUUCUCCGUGGAGAUGGAUGAGCUCGACCGCAUGGUUACUGAGUUGCACUCACUAAACACCCAAUCGCUUCGGCCGUCUCUGGCCCACUCACCAGGUGGCCUUGAGACGCGGCCAAUCACUGAAGCCGGAGACUCGAUGUUCUGUAUCCCCACCUUCUACAGCAACCAGUCGUUCGGUGAUUUGAACGGCACCGUCGACGAGGUGUUUGUGCUGCCUCCACGGCCGUCCGCGUCGAUGCGACCGAGGUUGCGUGCUGGGUCGGACACCCCGAUGCAACGAACACCCACCAACACGCUGUCGACGAUUUCUUUGUCACGGUUGGCCUGUGGAAGGUCGUCCCUGCCUCCACCUGUUCCCUAUCGCACCUCUUCACUUCGUCGUCCUGCAAAACGCAAGGACGUCUAG